AUGCACAGUGACUCUGAAGUGCAGAAAUUUUACCUUGACGCUAGAGCCCAUAUAUCAGACUUCCGAAACGCAGCCUCAGUUUUGUUGGAUAAGGAUCUAAGUGACGACUCUGAAGAAUUGAUUAAAAAGUAUCGAACCCUGCUUGCUUUUGAUUUUGAAGCUGCUGUUAGGUUGAAACAUUGGGAAAGUUUGUGUGAGAUUUUGUACGAGUCUCGGCAAGUGGCAGAUGAUACGCUCUAUGGCUUAUUUGCGGAUUGUAUUCUCUGCUCAGACUGCCCUACUGAGGAAAUAGUUAAGAUUUUUGAGAUCAUCAUCCAAGCGUAUCAUAAGACAAAACCGCAAAACAUUGACAAAGUAUCCCGUUGGAUUCGCUGUGCCUUCCAGCUCUCGAUCGAAUCCAGCCCUGAAGCUGCAGAAUCGGUACUCGACCAAGCAUACAUACUAGCGCGAGAUGGCCCAGAAUACCAAAACCAAAGACCAGAUGAAGAAAUCGUGCAAGGCGCUGGAUCCUCCUCUACUCAACUUGCAUAUCCCAACGAGGAACUCGAGUGGUUAGCGACAACAGCUUUUAACCACGCAAUUGACCUCUAUCUAGCCUCUGAUGACACCGCUAGUCGACGAUGGUAUGGGAAAGCACUUGAUCUAGCUCGCUUGCUGCAUGACAAUGGAGGCCUGUGGCAGAUACUGCAGGAGAAGUUUGGAAGGUUGAGUUGGGACGAUUAA